CAAAACGGUUUACCAAAAUUCAGAUAAGAAGUAAUCAAUAAUAAAUAUUGUCUACCUCUUUUAACGAAAAAACGAAAUUGUUCUUUAAACAAGUAAUAUACAGUUGAUCAAACCUAGGCUUUUGUAACACAAUGGAUAAUGGAUUCUGGACGAAAAAUGUUUUCAUAACAUGUUUUCUUGCAUCCGUUUAUAUUUGGUUAAGCUAUUUAUAAAUCGAACACAUGACUAUAAAAUCUCGAAUUGACUUUCAUAACUUGAACACCUAAACGAAGACAAAUAUGUGUUAACUGAUGUGAAUCAAGCGCUCUUUUGUCAUAAUAGAAAGUAUAUGAUAAAAAAGCAAUACGUAACAUGUAUAUUAUCGACAGCGCGGGAACAAAUCAGUUUACAUGCAUACACCAGUUCGGUGGAUACAAUGAAACACAAUUUAUGUAUUCAUCCAUGAUAUUUUUAUAUGCAGCAGCAAUGAAAUAUGCUGUGGAGAUAAGUGUUGCAAUAUUGAUAUCACCCUUAACCCUCCCUUCUGGAUCGGAGUAGCUUUGUUGUUAGCAAGCGUUCUCACUGGUUUCAUUGCUUGGGCUACAUGCGGACGACAUACCACAAAGAGAGAUAAAAGCAAUCUUCAGCUCAAAAGUAGAUAUACAGAAAGACCCGAUACUAUUGGCAGUGAUGAACAAUGCAGUAGUAUCAAAACAGCUUUAUUCGCGCAGCACUCCCAGUAAUUAAAAUGAUAUUUGAUAACAACAUAUAUAACAAUAGACACCUAUUUCAGAUUAAGAUACGUUCGUUUUACAAGCAUAAGGACAUUUUGAAUUUAGUUAGUUGGUAACUUUUUAUUCUAUUUAACAUGACUGUAUCACAAUAAAUAAACAUUUAUGCCAUAAUAAAAAGCUGACAAUUUUAUAUCCAAAUCUCUUCAUAGAUAUUAAAAUCGCUGUAAGGGAUCUGUAAUUUAAUAUCUAAGUACAAAUUUAUUGCAUACAAAUUAAAAAUAUUCUGUUAACAAACACAGUUAUCUUUAUUAUCAGAGGAUCUGGUUUUUUGCCAUUUUCGAAUUAUAUGUAUCUGUCACCUGUAUUUUGUUCUAACUUGUGCUGUGCUUUUAUUUUCACGAUGUUUCAUUCUUUAUUGACUGUACUUCGUGUCAUAUUAUAAGCAGUGUAUUUAAGGGAAAAAACAUCGGAAUAAAAGAUCAAAGUUAUUUCAGUGUUUUAUCCUUUUGACAUACAACAAACGAAUCCGUUUGAUAUGAAGUGCCACCGAUUUAUUGCUUAAGGUAUAGAAGGCACCUUAUCCAAACUAGACAAAUUUAUCAGAGAAGGGAUGAUUAUAGUGCAAAGGCCAUUUAAUCACCAUUCGCAGCAAGAAACUUGAUAACAAUUUUAUUCAGCUAUAAGGAAAUAAACUUAAAAUCAUUUUUCUUUCGCAACUCCAAAACGUCCAGUUGUUUCGACUUUAGUAUCAAUCCUUCUUAUAUAUCAACUGUCGUUGGGAAUAGCGAUAAAAAAAGAUAUUGUUUUGACUGUUUUGUCAAGUCCUCAGGCAACUUCAAUAUCAGCUUGAAAUAAUGUUAUGCCAGAAUUUAAUUGCAAGAAAUUGAGUUUUCAAUGAUCUUGGAGAAACUUUAUUUUUUAACAGAAACAGAAUAUUCGCUUUAUAAGUCGGUACUAAGGGGCAUGAGAGCAAACGGGCAAAUGGUCGAUGCCAUUAUUCCUAAUUAUUGGCCAUGGAGACCCUCUUAGGUGAGGGGAGUAUAUAUCACAGACCUGUCAAUUAAACGAUAAAGUUUUAAGAAAAAGCUUGUUAUUUCAUCGACUGGUAUUUCUUUAAACACAAUCCAGAUUUUAGUGAGUUUCAUCUUGGGAAAUAUUGCAAACUUCGUAUACGAUUUCGUAUUUUCGUAUAUAUAUUAUAUAUAUUUUUGGACAGAAAACACUUUAUGUUACUUACAUUUAUUUAAGAAAUAAUUUAUAGCAAAACAAUGCUUUAUCACUAUUUAUACACGAUGGGCGGUUAUACGUCGAGCGUAAUAAUUUCACGAGGGCGCAGUUUUGCUAUAAAUUAUUUCGAUUCUAAUAAGUUCUUUAUUUUAAAAUUUAUAUCAAAUAUGAUGGAACUGUUUCUUAGCUUAAGCAUGGCGCCACUAGUAGGUCAUUGCUAAUCCACGCCAUAAGCGGAAAUGGUUAUACGUCUUGCGGCAUUGUUCAGUUCGGGCGAAAAUUAUUGCAAAAUUAUUCAGCAAAGUGACGUCAACAUAACAUCGUUGUAAUGAUUAAAGCAUUGUUAGUCAUAUUAGAAAACUGAUAAUAAGUACUUGUCAUCAGUUAGAUUAUUCUAAAGGAAUAUUUUUAAAAACAUGUUUGUUUGAAUUCAUCUUUACGCAUUAUCUUCUAAUGUAAUGUAGCCGCUUUCGAUCCACGUUAUUAAUAGAUUUUGAUACAUUGCGCAUUUUUUAAAAAUCAUUAGAUAAUGAAGCAAUAUAACAAGUUUCGCUGAAGAGUAUCGUUUUGAGCGUUUACCUAGCUUUGAAAUCUAUUAUUAUUUUCAAUAUUAAUAUGAAUAACGUGUCCUUGAAAAGUAAUUUGAUAUUGCCAAAAAACUAUGAAAUAAAUGCUCUUUCCUAAGAUUUGAAUUCUAUAACAUUUUUUGGUUACUGUAUACUAUUUGCUAAACAAUAAAAUCGCAGAUCAAUACCGAUGAGCAUACAUACUAUAUUUAUCAAUGUUCACCUGAGAUAUCACAUGUCGAGACACAAUCUAAUCGUACGUUUUAUCUUCAUUUUUUGCAAGCUUUUAUGUAUGGGUAAAAUAUUGUUUAAGCUCGAUAACUCCUAAAUAUGACCGAUUGAACUUCCAUAGGGGGUAAAUUGAAGUAAUGAAUAUUCAACAGUUACUUAUUUAUAAAUAUCGGAACCUUCCUUUGUAAAAGAAGCACCGGUGAAGCAUUUUACUGUCUCUAAAACGUUCAGUGUGUCAUUGCUCCCGAGUUAUAUUUGUAAAUAAUGGCGGCGGAUGGAAAUGUGAGGUUUAAGCCAGUUGAAGAGAGUUGUUCUUCAGAAGACGAAACAGACAAAGUAACACCUUUUAUUGCAAAAAGUAAAAGCAAAAGAGGAUUUAAAUACGAAAAGUUGAUCAAAAACGAAAUAGAUGACAAUCUUAGAAGCAAAAUAGAAGAAAUAGGGAGGAAAAAUGGCAAACCUGUCAACCACUUCCUGAAAAGGGGCAUAUUUUUUUCGCAUAGAGAUAUGGAGAAAAUAUUAGACUCGUACGAGAAAGGGGAAAGUUUUUAUUUGUACACUGGUAGAGGGCCUUCAACAAAAUCCAUGCAUAUUGGACACCUUAUUCCAUUCAUGUUUACGAGGUGGCUACAAGAAGCGUUUGAUGUUCCUCUUGUGAUACAGAUGUCUGAUGAUGAAAAAUACUUUUCUGAAGACUUGCAAAAUGGUGAAGAACCUGUCUCAAUAGAAACUAUAAGGGAACAAACACGUGAAAACGUCAAGGAUAUAAUAGCACUUGGUUUUGAUGUCAACAAGACAUUCAUAUUUAGUAAUUUUGAAUACAUGUGUCCUGAAUAUUACAAAAACAUAUGCCGAGUCCAGAGGCUUAUCAAGCUGUCAAGGAUGAAAAUCGUCUUUGAUUUUGAUGACAAUGGUAACAUCGGAAAAAUAAAUUUCCCAGCAAUACAGGCUGCUCCAUGUUUCAGCUCUUCCUUUCCUCACAUAUUUCACGGCAAGAGAGAUGUACCAUGCUUGGUACCAUGUGCAAUAGAUCAGGACUGUUACUUUGACUUGAUGAGAGAGAUAGCCAUCAAACUGGACUGUAAAAAGCCAGCUCUUAUUCACAGCAAAUUUGUGCCAUCAUUAGUAGGAGGGGUUCGAUAUAAAAUGAGCGCCAGUAAGCCUGGAUCAAUUCUUUUGACUGAUACAAAUGAAGAAAUUGAAACAAAGAUAAAUGAGUACAAUGCAGACCCAAUCCCUGAACGUGGGAGCAGAGACAAUAGAUCCAAGAAGAGUGAUGUUGAUGUUAUUUAUCAUUAUCUAUACUACUUCAUGAAAAGUGAUGAGUUUGACACAUUAAAAACGAAGUACGAUAAUGACGAAAUUCAGUCUGAUGAUCUGAAAAGUGAAUUGAUUAAGAUUCUGAAGACAAUAAUCGGCGAAAUCAGACAAAGACGGAAACAAGUCACAGACGAGAUGGUUAAAAGGUUCAUGACACCGAGACCACUGAACUACAAGUACAAACAUGGAUCCAAUGAAAUAUUGUAGCUCAAAAACAAAAGACUUAAACAGUGUGAUUUAAACAUUGUUUUCCAUUCAAAUUGUGUGGUAUGAAAUACAAACAUAUGCAUUUAAUAUGUCUCCAGAUAAGACAUCAUGUUUCUAUUUCUACGACUUCUUUCAUCAUGUUCAUUAUGUUUAUAAUUUCCAGUUUAUUAUGCUUGACUUGCAAGAAUUAUAAUAAACUACAUUGCCUGUGUUGUUAGAUAUGCCAUAUAGUGAUACUUAUUAAAACAGUUCAUUGACUUUGUAGCAGAUAAGUUUGCUUGUACUAUUUGAUGAUACAUGCAGUUAAAUUAACAGUCGUGUCAAAUAAAUAGACAUAUAAAUACAUAUUAUGAUGUAUAUUCAUGAAAUGUAUGCAAAUGUUUAUAUACGAAUACAAUGCGCUUACACGAUUGUUAAAAUUUCCAUGUUGUAAAUAUAUCACCUUUCUUCAAAUGCCUUAUCAUCAUUUGUUGUCAAUAGUAUUUAUUUAGAUCUAAAUUAUACGCCGUUCUUUAAUUGUCAUUUACGGAACAUACAUAUUUUUUCUGUCUGCAAAAUAUGUUUGUUAUACAAUUGAAAUACGAGAUUGCAAACUAAGUGAACUGUUACAACGCAUCAAAAACACUUUAUACGCUUAAUUUCGAGCAUAAUGGAGUGAACGAUUUACGGAAAUACAAGUCUAAAUUUAGUCACGUCACUUUUAUAAAAAAAAUUGAAUGUCAAAUAAACUUUCAUAUGACUUAAUUUUACCUUGAGAAGGCGUUCGUAAGAGAUUAAAUGCAGAGGAGCGGCAAAAUGCUAUCCCAGUGGAUAUGUUUGAGUUUGCAUAUAUAUUGUUUCUAAUAUUAGUUUAACGAUUACUGAACGGAUGUUAUUAAAACGAAAUAAACAAGUUAAAUACUAAA